AUGGAUCCCUCUUACGCCAUGCCGGGCCACGACGAGAGCCUUCAAGGAACUCCUCUCACCGAUACCCCUCUCCACCCGUCUCCGUAUCCUCGGCAGCAACCCCAGAUACCGCUGGUCUGCUCCAUCUGCCCCAAGAACUCAAGUUUCUCCGACAUCUCCCAUCUAUUGACCCACGUCAGCUCAAAGGGCCAUCUGCACAACUACUUCCAAUUGUCCAUUUCUCGAGAUAUCGACGAAGACGCAGCUUUUUCCCUAACGGAAUUCGAUACAUGGUUUGAGGAACAUAAUAUCAACGCCUUGCUUCGAGUCAGAAAGACAGCAAGAGAUCAGCGAGGUACCCGUCAGCAUACUCGAGGCCAAACUCCGACAACCUAUCGAGGCAGCGAAAGCUCCACUCGACGAGGCAAUCGUGGUGGUCGAAACAAUCGAGGCGGCCGAGCGCAAGCUGUCAGUCCCCCCCCACUCCACCUUUUCAGAUCAAUCUCAUACCGAGCCAACAAACCUCUAACUUUGGAUUUACCACAGCGUUCACGAGGACUCAUUUCUCGAGAACCAGACCCCGAAGAAGUUGACGAGAUCAAGGACGAAUCCGAAGACGACAACGAUAUGGACUACGGACAUUCCUACUCUGUCGGCCAAGCAAGCUACCCCUGGCAGACAUUCGACGGCGUGAUGUCUGCUGAUCAACAGAUUGGCUACGUGGGCUCUGGCGCGGGCCAUUUCGAAGGCGGCUACGUGGAUGAUGAUGAUUCUUCCAAGUACGGACGUUCAGAGGGUAUCAGUCCGUUCCCGUCUGAAGAUACUGUCGAGCCCGAUAUCGUGGAUGAAACGGGCACCCUGGUCCUGAAGGGUCUGGUAUUACCAGGUAUGGCUGGCUUCGAUGCUGCUACUCGCGAAGCACGGAAGCAGCGAAAUCAGCGAAAGCAUCCGGUUGUCCUUCAGCGCCUUAAGAUUUGCUCUGAGCAGAUCGACAAGCGGGAAGAGGUCCUUAACCGCAAUUUCGAACUCCAACGUGUUCGAGAUGUCUACGACGAGCCAUCGAUUGAUGGUAGUGCGGACGAAGACGAGGUGAAGAUUAAGAAAUCGACGCGUCGAGGCCGAAAAGCCCCCAAGUCCGCGAAGAAGCCUCGGGCUGAUACGACGUCGCAUCGAGCUACACGCACUAACACUCGUGCUCCUCGGGCCUCUGCCCGCGCAACUCGUCACACCGCUCAACCAAGCGCACGAACGCAUGUCCCCAGUGGCAGAGUAACGAGAUCGGCUGCCAAUCGCCAGGCUCAGAUGCCGAUACAUGCUCAUGGUCUACUAUCAGAGACCGACAUAUUCGAUGCUACGGGUCUGAACGGCGAUGACGGUUGGCUGUCCCAAGACGACCUUGCCAACGACCCCUGGCUAACAAGUAACCUGCAGGACUCCUCAAAUCUCCUCAUGGACGUAGAGGACGACGGCAGCCUUGCACUGAGACCAGGCAACCCAAACCUCGCGUUUGCAUCGCCAAUGUCGGGCCUCAGGAAAGCUUCCCCAGCGCAGUACACCGGCAAGGAGAACAGUCAUCAUGUACUAAAAUCGCCAUCAUCUUCCUCUAACCCCUACUUGCAAACCGCGGGUGACCCGGUUGACAACAACAACUACAACCCCCUCUACGUCCAACCUCGAGAUAGUCUCGGCUUCCGCGUGUAUUCGCCUUACGACGAAGAAGCAAAGCCAUCUACGACAGGGAGCUUCCACCCGAUCAACACCCAUACGGGUUUCGACUCCUUACACAUGCCUGGUCAGAACAAUGGUCCCUACCAUCGAAGCCGGACUGGAGGCGACGAUUACAAUAUCUAG